GGAGACAACCCGGACGACAACUUGCGUGUGCGCACACGAACUGACUCGGAGGCGCAGUGACGACCCCUGUCGACAUGAGAACCCUGUAUUACGUUAUUCUCUUCUGUAUGAUUGCGUCAACUGUCAUGGCUGGCUUCGGAUACGGGCUCGGAUAUGGGCUUGGUGGCUAUGGACUUGGCUACGGGCUUGGCUAUGGCCUCGGAGGAUAUGGACUUGGAGGAUACGGACUUGGAGGAUAUGGCUUGGGCUAUGGUCGUGGCUACGGUCUAGGAUAUGGUGGCUACGGGCUUGGCUACGGAGGAUACGGAGGAUAUGGACGGUUGGGCUACGGACGUGGAUAUUACUACGGAAGAUAGUCGUUCAACUCAACUGCCUAACCGUGUACAUUUCUAAGUAAAAAUACAUAAUAUAUCACUUUAUCA